AAAUCGUGUUUAUUUUCAGUGCGAAGUGAAUUAUUCUGCUGUGGAAAGAAAAUUUACCGAAAAUUCGCCGGAUUAACGUUACUUUUUCUUGUGUGUCACCGUUUGCAAGGUACCUAAGGAGCCGAAGACGUAUUAAGGUUUGGAGUAAAGUGGCAGAAGAAAGCGAAAAAAGCAGAUUGAAAAGUUGAUGCAGCAAGUGCAGAAUUUUCACCUUUGAGUCCUAUAGGAAGCGGCUGUCAUGAUUCUUUCUCCGAGCGGCACGUCGCCCCCGAUGCCCUGAUGUUUCUGUGCGAGUGACGAAAUAAAACGAUUCAAAAUAAGAAUGUUUGUUUAGACAGUGUUGGUUGUUGCAGUGCGGCGAAAAUGUAUUCACAAUAUCGGGACAGUAUCUGGAAUAAAAUCCGGAUGCAGAACAGUGAUAUGAACAGUGGUCGAGUGGACAGCAGUGCAGAUACGGAGUGGGAUUUGAGUCAAAUCGAGCUUCAAGAGGAACGAAGCCCUCAGAGCAUUCCGACGAUUGAGUUGGUAGAUGAAGAUGAAGUCGAUGCGGGAAGUGUCCAUGUAGUACACAAUAUUCCGAUAAAUGUUCAAAGAUCGACUCCGAUGGCGCCGGCAGUCGAUCCGGAUAUUCGCCUGGCCCGGCGUUCGAUUCACGAGUAUCGUGGAAUUUUUCCCGGCACCGCUAGGUCUGUGGUUCAAGAGGGAGCAACCGUUUCUCCGACCCCUUCUGGGAUAAUCCUAAAUCGGGUGUAUCACAAAAAUCCAACCCCGUUGAAGGAUAACUAUUUCAGUAUCAUGGAUACGCCUCCGUCGCCGGGUACCCUUCCGGCUGCGGUAAUCUUCGGCGACCGGCCAGUCAGUACGGAACCAAAGAUAGUGAUGACCGCCAACCAUUACGAAAAGAGAAUUCGUCGUUCUUUCGAUAAAUCGGGAACGAUUACAUCCGGGAAGGCUAGUCGCCAAGAGAAGAAUAAUCGUCCGUACAAGCUGCUGGGUGUGAUCGAUUUGGAGCCUGAUACCGAGUCGGAUACCACUUUGUCUUGUACGCAAUCAGUCGCUGGUGAUGAACCGAAAUUAAAGGAUCAGCUUGCUUGCCGAGAUCUUGGGACUCCUACGAAUUCAGCACUUUUAGGUAGUUCGAGUACAUCUCGGUCGAUCAAAGAUGGUGGAAAUAAACUGCUAACAAUAGAGAUCGAUGAGGAUGAAAUUCAGGAGGAAGAUACUCGUAUGGAAUUGUCAGAGGAAGAAGAUAAAGAACCUGCUUUCAUUCAGGAUACAGGUGAUCAACCGAUGCCGGGAACUUCGAAGGAAAACGCUGGUGUCAAACUACAGAUGGACCAAUGUACGUUGACGGGCUCGGACACCAGUUCGACGGCACAGAUGAAUCCGUCAUCUAUGGCAAAUUCCUUCUGGGAUGUGUCCAGUUCCGGUUGUAUGAAGAAAAACAACGACCAUGCCAGCACAUCCUCCAACCGAGGGAACAAGUACACGGAAUUCGACCUUAUGCUGGAUAAGAUCAAUCAACAAGUGCCAGCCAUGUCGCAGCAGGAUCGCGUGGAACACUGGCGCGUUACCAAGGAAGAUCUCCUAUGUUCAAUCCCAACAGUGGCGGAGAUCGAAAGCGGAACGUCGGUUAAACGUCCCAUGGACGAACCGAUUCACAUUUCGAGUAGUGAUAGCAGCUCCGACUCGGAGACCAGUGAUAGUCCAAGUUUGUUACGAGAGCGCCAGCUAAGGGAAAAGUACAAGAAACGACGAAUGGCCGUCGAUGCUUCGGGAGCUGCUGUGGGGGAUCGUUCUUCUCCGUCCUUGCUUCUGAGCGAGGAAUUGGAUUUUCGGAGGAGCCAACUGAACCCUGAAAUCGAUAAAGGGCCCAAAAGUAUGAUCCAAGUGCGAAAACACUACUACAAAUUCCCCACUCGAUUCGAUCCGACAGCUGAGGAGAAAGAACCAAGCGGAAAAACUUCCGCCGAUCCAUACGCUACCUUCCUAAAAGACGAAAAAGAAAAGGAGAAAUUCACCGGCUACUUACGUCGCAAUCCGGCGUAUCGUCCGGAUCUCCUAUCACCAAUGCGCCACCUUCCGGUCGGUGAAGGAAACAAAGUAGCCGUCGUUGUUCUGUCACCGCUCAAACUGCAAAACGUUGAGGUUAACUCGAACCUGAACAAUAGCACGACGAACCGAUCGACUGCCGAAUCCGAACGUCCGAAAUCAGCUGAUCGGAUUUCGCAUUACGGUAAAAGUCGAACAAAAGCAAAGUCAGUAGCUCCCGUUAGCAGGAAGCUUCGCUACAAAGUACGCAAAUCGCAGCUGAAAAAGAAGAAAUCGAUCAUGGUGGUUUCGGCCAAUUUGCGCAGCUAUCGGCGGCUAGUCAUGAAGGCCGGUUAUUCUCUUCGCAGCGGAAAGAUUCGCAAGAAACCUUCAUUUGUCAAUCUCAUCAGCAGUUCCAAUCGGCAACAGAAAAUAGCAAAGGUUGUUCCUCAAACGGAGCGGGAACCCAAACCGGUGCAACCAAUCCGUCGUGUCAAGCCGGUUCCAGUUGAACCGAGUAGUAGAGUUUCGGUGGAUAGCGCUGUAAGCAGUUCGACAUCUGCCGAACAGAACAAACGGCGCGACGCUCCGGAAGUUGUUGACCUGCCGCCAUGUCCGGCGCCGAGCGAAUUAAGGACGAUGAAAAAUCCGUUGUCCCGUGUGAAUGGCGAAGUGCAGAUGAUUUUCUAUGCCGUCAACGUGCUCAUCGUCGUGCAGCAGGAGCUGAUUAGCUUCUGGGAGUGCUCGAAGCUGGCCUCGCUGCUCGGACUGAACCAGGAGCUGCAACUGUUGGGCCAGUUGAAGCGUGCACAAAGCGAUUCGUUGGUUGAUCCAACCAACUUAAACCGACUCGGUUUCAACGAGGAUGAGGCAUUCUACUUGGAACCCCGUGCCCGUAAUCUGGAUGAAGACGAAGCUCGCUUGUGUCCCCUGGCGUCGAUCUACGUCAAUUGCUACUUUGUGGGCAGCGAAGAGAACAAGGAUACGCAGUGUCUUCGGAUGAAAUCUUUGCAGCUGGACAGUGUCCGAAGUGAAAUAAGUGAAAUUCUAUUCACUACGUUGCCACGGUCCCGCUAUUUCAUCAUUUGCUGGCACGAGCUGCUGGCGGAAAACGAACAUCGGACCGGACUGUGCAAGUACAGCCUGACGCCGGAUUUGGAAACGCUGGCUAGCAUCCGGGAGUUUCCAACCGUGUCGCAGAAGAUUGUCAGUUUGAAAUGUUUGGACGACGAACGGCUUAUUGGACUGGGCAGUAGCACAGUCACAAUCUGGAACUACGAUAACGGGUGCCUGGAGUUUACGGUUGAUUUGAAGAUGGAAAUCCAAACGCCGUUGGCUUCAUUCGUUCACAGUGAGCAGGGUGACAGUGCACUGUUUCUGAUACAAAUGUGUCCGUCCUCAGGAGGAAAUCCGGCUAGGAAAACUAUAAAAAUUUUGGCCAUUAAUAUGAACAAACGAUCCUGGCACGUGGUCCAAAGCUAUGACGUUUCACUGGAAUCAAGCUGUAUCCUCAGCGAGUCGUCCACCCUGAACGGACCCGGACUCCACUGUACCACGUUCCAGAGCGGAGAAUUGCUGGCAAUUAGCCUGGAUGAUCUCACUACCUGUUUCACGAAUCACAAGCGAUUGCAAGGGCCGGAUGGCCGCCGAAUCACCCGGGACAACGUGGCCACUCGGGAGAAGAUUUUUCUCAACUCGGCCAACGGACGCCAGCUGGUGCUGGUCAGUGAUAAGUCUAUUAAGCUAAGGACGAUCGAUGAGUAUGCGCUAGAGUGUAGAUAGGUGCGUGAGGCGAACGGUUCGCCAGUCAGUCAUUGUCAUUGUAGAGAGAUCCUUUGCUUCACUUCUAAAUCCUUCUAUUUUAUGAUGUAAGUUUACUUUCAGCAACGGGAAACUUUAUUUUGUGUUGUUGUUAACGAUUUUAGAUUUUUGGCAGUACAUUCGUUUUACGAACCUAGGAAGCAAACAAAAUAAAUAGUGAGACAAUGCUUUGUUUCGGUUAUAGUUUCAUGAGAAUAUGUAAAACGAUUUAAAGGGACAAAAAUAUACUCUUUCCUGUGUUCAAUUCUCGAAGUUCUUGUUUCGUUUCUUUUUUUCUCCUGCGCAGAUUAAUAUAUUUCAAAAUGUUUUCCCGACUUGGACGUGCGAAUAAGGGGAAAAGAAAAAGUACAUUUUAAUAUUUACUAGUAGGUAUUUGAAGCUGAAGCACUGAAUAGCUUAUUAUCCCAUAUGGAAGGAAUAAGAGUUGCAAACUAGUACUACUUAGUUGUUGCUGUAAACAAAUGUAUUGUGAGAUAAAUUAGAGAUGUGAAAUAAAAUCGAUUUAUUUUUGAA